AUGAACCUAAUGGCACUCAAAGCUUUCCUGGGCUUGCUCUGGAAUUGCUGGGUUCUAGUGGGUCAUGCACAGGGAGGCUUGGGAGACAAUCAUGUCCAUUCAAGUUUUAUUUACAGGAGGCUGCGGAACCAUGAAAGAAGGGAGAUCCAGAGAGAGAUUCUCUCUAUCUUGGGUUUACCUCACAGACCCAGACCAUUUUCACCUGGAAAGCAGGCUUCUUCUGCACCCCUCUUCAUGCUGGACCUGUACAAUGCCAUGACAAAUGAAGAGGAUACUGAGGAACUGGAGUAUUCACUGAGGGAAUCAAUGGGAGGAGAGAGCAGAGGGGUAAGAAAAGGAUACUCCGCAUCUCCAAAUGGAUACUCACAGAGAAUACAAUUAUCUCGCAUGACCCCCCUGACCACACAGAGUCCUCCCUUAGCCAGCCUGCGUGAUACCAACUUUCUGAAUGAUGCUGACAUGGUCAUGAGCUUUGUCAAUUUAGUUGAAAGAGACAAGGACUUUUCUCAUCAAAGAAGGCACUACAAAGAGUUUCGAUUUGACCUGACUCAAAUCCCACAUGGAGAAGCAGUGACAGCAGCUGAAUUCCGGAUUUACAAGGACCGAAGCUACAAUCGGUUUGAGAAUGAAACAAUUAAGAUUAGCAUAUAUCAGAUCAUCAAGGAAUACCCAAACAGGGAUGCAGAACUGUUCCUGCUGGACACAAGGAAGACUCAAGCUUUUAAUGUGGGCUGGCUUGUAUUUGAUAUCACUGUGACCAGCAAUCAUUGGGUGAUUAAUCCACAGAACAAUUUAGGCUUGCAACUCUGUGUUGAAACCGGGGAUGGUCGCAGUAUCAAUGUUAAAUCAGCUGGCCUUAUAGGAAGACAAGGGCCUCAAUCAAAGCAGCCAUUUAUGGUUGCAUUCUUCAAGGCAAGUGAAGUGCUUUUUCGAUCUGUCCGAGCAGCCAACAAUAAAAGGAAAAAUCAGAACCGUAACAAAUCCAGUAGCCAUCAGGAUUCUUCCAGGAUGCCCAGUGUAGCAGAUUACAACACAAGUGAACAAAAGCAAGCCUGUAAAAAACAUGAACUUUAUGUGAGUUUCCGUGACUUGGGAUGGCAGGAUUGGAUAAUAGCACCAGAGGGCUAUGCUGCGUUCUACUGUGAUGGAGAAUGCUCCUUUCCACUCAAUGCCCACAUGAAUGCUACAAACCAUGCCAUAGUUCAGACUCUGGUUCAUUUGAUGUUCCCUGAUCACGUACCUAAGCCAUGCUGUGCACCUACAAAACUGAAUGCAAUCUCAGUGCUCUACUUUGAUGACAGUUCCAAUGUUAUUUUGAAAAAAUACAGAAAUAUGGUGAAUCGGUGUAACUGGAGGAACAUGUUACGUCUUGGCUUGUGGAAUUUUGCAAAAGGCUCAAAGCUUCAGGAAUUCUGUGGAGAUCGGCUUGAGUCUGUGCCUAUAGCUUUCCAAGUUAACACAAAACACUUGUAG